GUGAAAGCUUAGGCCACUACUGGCAACGCUUACUAGCGUUGUGCGGGUCUUUCUCAAUUCCAUCGACUGCCGCAGCUACAUUUUGUGCUUCUGUACAAAUCAACGAUACCUUCAAAUAAUCCUCAACCCCAAUUGAUCCUCGAGCAACCGUCAGAAUGGUGUUCGCGUGGAAAGCUGCCGGUCUGUCCUACAACCGCUACCUUGCCGUCGCAGCCCGCGUCGUGCGCCGAAGCUUAAAAGAGGAAAAGAGAAUAGUUGCCGAACGACGAGGAGAGUCGGACUUGCGAUUUGCUAAGUGGGAUAACGGCAAGAUGGGCGAUCCGAAAUCUCUAGCCGAUGCCAACGCCGCUGCCGCAGUCGAGUCGGCCUCUAAAGGUUCAUCAUAAACCACGAAAUGCACGGGCGCUUCCAAAUGAGAGGGAUUGGUAUUCCAGGAAUACCUAUGGAUGCGGAUGCGAAUGCGGAUAGACAAGAGGAACGGCUAUGAUCACUAUUUUGCCGCUUUGUGUAUAGCUGUACAACAAUAAACACAGUUUCAUUCCGAAUUAAAUCCUUAGGGUCAGACAAUAAUUACUCGAUACCUCUUUACUAGUGUUGUGAGCUGCACGAUAUUCGUAUAGAUGUGAACCUUUCUACCCAUACAACCCGCUUCAUAUAAUUACAGGUACUAUG